GAUAGCGGCCCUCGAGGACAGGAGUUUGACACCCCUGACUUAAAUUCACUUGUUAUUUUCUUUAUUUGGAAGAGAAACACGAUGAGCGGAAGUUAAAUUUUCUAACUUAACGGAGCUGUUUUGUUUUGGUCCAACACAAUAAGUACACGACUUCAUUUCCCAGGAUGCCCAGCGCCACCGGCAGGGCGGAGACCGCUUCCUCGUGAAGAUGGCGGCUCCCUUGACUCUGCUUCUGAUUGUAGCCGUAACAAUUCGCGCGGUUCUGUUCAGAUCCAGUUUAGCGGAGCUGAUUGCGGAGCGGGUGGAGGUGGUGUCUCCUAUAACCGCCUGGAAACGAGUUAUUGAAGGCUUGGCCCUGCUUGACCUGGGAGUUUCACCGUACUCUGGAGAUGUGUUCCACGAGACGCCUCUCAUCAUUUAUCUCUUCCACUUUUUGGUGGAUUAUGCCGAAAUUACAUUUAUGGUGGCAGAUGUGAUCACUGCUGUUGCUCUUUACUUGGCUGUGACAGAAUACAACAAACAAGUGUACAGGAAACAGAAGUUUGCCCUGGAGGCGAAUCRUUACCCUCCCGACUGCCUGGAGCUCGUCAGGAGCCCCAAAGAAAUGUUUUACAUCCCUCUGAAAGUAGCCAUGUUUUACCUGUUGAACCCGUUCACCAUCCUGUCCUGCGUGGCCAAGUCGACAUGCGGCCUGAACAACGCCGUCAUCUCCCUCUUCAUCCUCGCAACGAUCAAAGGAAACGUCCUGCUGAGCGCCGUGUUCCUGUGUUUGGCCACAUAUCAGUCCAUUUACCCGCUGACCCUCUGCGCUCCCGCCAUGCUGUACUUGAUGCAGCGUCAGUUCAUCCCUGUGAAUUACCGUCGGGUCAGCUUCUGGUGGUUCGUGGUUCAGUAUCUCUUCAUGUACCUCGGCAGCCUGCUGGUCCUCGUCUGCCUCUCCUUCUUCCUGCUCGGCUCCUGGGACUACAUGCCCUCCGUUUACGGCUUCAUUCUUUCGGUCCCGGACUUGACCCCGAACAUCGGCCUCUUCUGGUACUUCUUCGCCGAGAUGUUUGAGCACUUCCGCCUCUUCUUCCUCUGCGUUUUUCAGAUCAACGUGUUCUUUUACACCAUCCCUCUGUCCAUCAAGCUCAAGGAGCACCCCGUGUUCCUGAUGUUCAUGCAGUUAGCUGUGAUCUCCAUCUUUAAAUCUUACCCCACUGUGGGCGACACCGCCCUCUACCUGGCCCUCCUGCCUGCCUGGGCUCACCUGCACAGAUUCUUGAGGAACAUCUUCCUGGUGUCCUGCGUCCUGCUGGCCUGCUCGGCCCUGUUCCCGGUCCUGUGGCACCUCUGGAUCUACGCCGGCAGCGCCAACUCCAACUUCUACUACGCCAUAACGCUGCUGUUCAACGUGGCACAGAUCCUGCUGGUGUCGGAUUAUUUCUACGCCUUCCUGAGGAGGGAGCACCACCUCACCUGUGGACUCUACCUGAAGAAGAAAGACGGCUCCGAGGCCACGCUGGUGCUGAAAUAACACGCAGCCUCUGCAGGGAGGAACAAACUACUGAAAACUCUCCUCUGAGAACAAACUGAGGAUUAAAGAGUCCAGAGCUGCAUGGACUCACAGAACAAACAGAACGUGGACAACAGAUCAGCUCCUCCACUAAAGGGCUCUUAUUCUGAAGGACCACUCCACCUGGAACUCAGCCCGCUGAUCUGGGCUUUUCUUUUGAAGGUCCUCUCUGUCGCCGACUUUAGAAGAAUUUUAUUUCGUCCGGCAGGAUUUUUCUUUUACUUUGAACUCUCCUGAUUUGGUGGGCUUUUAUUUUGAAGCCUUCCUCUUGGGUAAACAUUAAACGUGUAGGAAAACUCAU